AUGUCUUCGCGAGCGGUACGAAAAACUGCAGGUCAUACAACUGAAGAUGAUCUUGCUCAAGUUUUACAAAAAGUUGGUAUUAAUAAACAUAAUGAUGAUGAUGAUGAAACUGAUUUAAUUAUAUCAAGAGGAAAUAACCAUCGACGAAAUGUAUUUGAAAUGCUAGCAGAUGAAGAGAAUAACGAUGAUGAAAAAACAGCUGUUGAUAAUGAUAAUCAAUCGAAUGAUGAUGAUAAUGUACAACAACAAUCUACAAUAUCUAAAACAAAACGAAAACGUAAAGUUAAAAAGAAGAAUAUUCAAACUCAAAAGAGUGAUCAAAAUGAUGAUGAGUUUUUGAUUGAAUCAAACGAAUCUCAACAAGAGCCGAUCGCAACUUCAACUAUACCAAAAGAAUUAUUCUCAAAUUUGCUUUCAGUUGAUAGUCGUUUAUUGAAUCCAAUAAAUGAAAUGAAAAAGAAAUUCGGAAGUAAUAUUGUUGAACAGAUUGAGCGUGAAAAUAAUCUUGCAACCCAAGUGUCAUCAGCAGCUAUGCUUGCUCAACGUCGUCGUGCACAUCCUAUGUCACAACAACGUCCGGCAACUCGAUUAGCAAAGCAAAAUGCAUUCAUAGUUCCGAAAAUAGGAUGGCCAUCAUUUUUUAAAUUGGGUUUAUCAAUGAAACCGUCAUCACCCCUAUCUGAAACAACGUUAACUAGUGGAAACUACUUUCAAUUUGAAUAUGAAAAAGACUAUCAACGAUUACAAAUUCAAUUUUUUGAUUCUGUUGAUCAACAUAAUCUUCAAGGAAUAAUGGAUAUUCUUCGCCACUAUCCUUAUCAUAUUGAUUCACUUAUUCAUUUGAGUGAUGUAAGUCGAAUGCAAGAUGAUACGCCAACAGCUGUUGAUCUUAUCGAACGUGCCUUAUACAGUUUUCAACAAUCUUUUCAUCCACUUUUCUCAAUAAUACGUGGUGAAUGUCGUUUAGAAUAUCGAAUACAAGCAAAUCGAUCUUUUUUUAUAAGUUUAUUUAAAAAUAUAAUUUUUAUUGGUGAACGAGGUUGUUCACGAACAGCAUUAGAAUUUUGUAAAGUACUUUUAAGUCUCGAUCCAAUUGAUGAUCCACUUGCAAUUCUUCUUCUUCUGGAUUAUUAUGCAAUACGUUCUGAAGAAUAUAAUUAUUUAAUACACUUUCAUACAGAACAGAAUCUACGAUUGAAUCUUGAUGGUUUACCGAAUUUCACCUAUUCAUUAGCGCUUGCAUAUUUUCGUUUAUUAUCGUUCGAUAAAGCAAAUGAAGUAUUACAAAAUGCAUUGAUACGUUUUCCAUCUAUACUGAAAUAUUUACUUGAUAAAUUAUCAGUAAAACCAGAUAGAGCAGUAGAAAAGUGUCGCUAUUUCUUUGAUAGUGAAAGACAUGAAACAAACGCACUCAAAUGUGUACAACAAUUAUAUAUUGUAAGAAUGUCAAAUGAAUGGAAAGAGAAAGAUGAAUUAGAAUUCUUAAGAAAUAAUGUUAAUCAAGUUAUUCAAAUUAUUGAACGAAAUCAAGAUUUAAGAAUUGUCAAUUACACUAAAUUACGAGAAACAUGUUAUCGUAGAACACCGAUUAAUGUUUGUCGGCAUAUCAUUCUAUCAGAAUCAAAUGAAAUACGAGGAUUUUUAUCCAAUGAUAUGGAAAAUGACGGUAGAUUUUAUAAUGUUGAUCCAUUUCCUCCGAAUGAUUCAAUUGCUAGCUUUCAAAGACCAGAAAGACCUACAAUGCAAAUUAACAAUUCAUACAAUGGAAUUGGUAUGCUUCUCCGUUCGUUACUACCUAAUUUUCAUUUAGAAAACUUUCUUGUGGCUCCUGGAGCUCAAGCUGGUGCUAUUGGAGGUGAUGCCAAUGAAAAUGAUGCCGGUAUGUUACAAGCGUUACAAGAAAGUAUUCGUGAUUUCAUUCGUGACAUUGGCCUUCCUAACAUCGGUGAAAAUCAACUUCAACAACAUCCACCUCCGGACGAGGAUGAUGAUAACGAAAAUAAUCAUGAAUUUGAUUGA